AUGGAUCUUGAUUCGAACGAGCAAAAUACCAGGCUGAACUUAUUUGCUGCGCUGCAAGCCCGCAUUGAGAGAAGCUCAGAGUCCUCUCAGCAACUUGUCGAACGAAUCAAAUCUUCUGCAAAGACCGUGCGGUCGCAGUGGGACUCAAAAAUAUACCAACUUUCCUCUGAGGUCUCUGCGGUAGAAAGCACCCUGGCGGCAUUGAAUCGCGAGCUUGCUCUCGCACGUUGUGGAUUGAACCGCGUGGCCAAUGCCUCCUCUCCUUACUGUCGAAUACCAGAUGCAUUGCUUUCGGAUAUCUUUGCAUGGGCCUGCUCAGGAAGCGUCAUGGAAGCUAAAGGGGAACAUGCGACACUCCAGACUAUUUCAUCGACCUGUCAUCAUUGGAGAGAGGUCGCACUGCACACUCCCUCCCUUUGGACACAUAUACAUAUCAAGGCUGGAGAAUUCAAUCCAUUUAUGCACACGUGUUUGGAGCGUUCUGUCGCAGCGCACUUGCGUCUAAUAAUUGAGCUGGACAACUCCUUCAUUCAAUGGGGCCCUGCACGCCUCGAGCGUUGGAUCGACUCCCUCGCACCGUACUUUGAGCGGUGUGUCAUGCUCAAAUUUGUGAUACAAGAUUUCUCGGUUGUUCGAAUAACAUUCCCGAUAAAUCAUUCGAUGCCUCAUCUGCGGGAAUUUGCCUGGGAGGGAGGGAUACGUGCGCCAGAUGAAGAUGACUCACAAACUUCUACCGAAUCGGUAGCCCUUUACGACCAUACGAAAACGUCUCCGGAGGCACUGCGUUUGGAUAUCCUUGGAGCACCUUUCCCGAUCCAGUGGGAUGAUGGAAUUGUAUCGAGGCUCACCACCCUGGCAUUGGAUCACUACGCUGGGCGGCCUACACGGGAUGUAGUGGAGUUAGUAGCCAGAUGUCCAAAUCUCAAAAACUUGCGCUGGAAGCAACGUUUGGGCGAUGACGAUCCAUUUACUGCACCUCUUCCUCUGUUCACGUCUCAGAGCCUUGAAAUCCUCGACAUUGAUUUUCCCGCAACCAGUGAUGAGGCGCGAAGCGUUUUGUGGCGGAUGCAGUUCCCGAACCUACGAUAUCUUUGCGUUGCGUCGCGGUCCUCGAACACUGGAUGGGCAGAAACCGCCCUCGGCUCCUCUCAAAGGUUCCCACUCCUCCAAACACUGUGGCUGUCUACACGUGCGUUUACCCCUGAAGCCAUGGUAUCAUUCCUAGCCGCUCACCCCACUGUCGAGGAAUUUGGAUGCGGAGUGGGGCCGCUGGUUCGCACCCUGAUAUCACUUUUGAUGGAGCUCAUCUCUCAAUCUUUUGAUCCCCCAAAACUUCGUUUCCUGUACUUACUGGACGCAACUGAAAGCCCUGACGCGGUUCAAGUGUGCCUAGCGUUGGGCUCAUUAAUCAGGAGCAGAUCAAGCAGUGGAGAUGCCUCCGUGCCAUUAAUGAAGGUUCAAUUAAACGAUGAAACAUGGAUGCGGUCACCCGUCGGAGAGCCCUACGCCUCAUUACAGCGAGAUUUCCCCGGACAAGUGGAACUGAGUCAUGUUGACGAUUCAGUGCCUUACAGGUUCAGACCAAUUUAG